AUGGAUGAUAAAUACAAGUCCAAACUGUCACCUGCGGUUGAUUUUUGGGCAGGGAUGUAUCUGGUGACAAUUGCUGUCCUGUCUAUCAUUGGGAAUAUGGCAGUCCUGGUCAGUGCAGCUCGUCGCGCCGCCCUGCUCAAAGCUCCCGAGCUGCUGACGGUGAACUUGGCCGUAACGGACAUCGGCAUGGCCCUCAGCAUGUAUCCUCUGUCCAUUGCUUCAGCUUUCAACCACGCGUGGAUUGGAGGGGACAGCUCUUGCCUCUACUACGGCCUGAUGGGCAUGGUCUUCAGCAUAACCAGCAUCAUGACUCUGGCUGUGAUGGGGAUGGUCAGGUACCUGGUAACAGGAAGUCCACCAACCACAGGUAUCAAGUUUCAGAGGAAAACCAUCAGUAUUGUGAUCAGUGCGAUCUGGCUGUAUGCCAGCCUGUGGGCCUUGUUUCCUCUGCUGGGCUGGGGCAGCUAUGGGCCAGAGCCGUUUGGACUUGCCUGCUCGAUAGACUGGAACAGCUAUGGGAAGUCCCUGAACCACUCCACUUUCAUCAUGACUCUGUCUGUGCUCUGCACAUUCCUCCCCUGUCUUGUCAUCCUCUUCACCUAUUUUGGCAUUGCGUGGAAGCUGCACAGGGCCUACCAAUCCAUCCGGAGCAACGACUUUCAAUGCGGCAAUGUGGAGAAGAAAAUCACUCUUAUGGCUGUGAUGAUCAGUUCAGGUUUCCUUUUAGCUUGGACCCCCUACGUGGCCGUCAGCUUCUGGAGCAUGUUUCACUCCCAGGAGCAGAACCACAUCGCUCCGUUCGUCACCCUGUUACCGUGCCUCUUCGCCAAGAGCUCCACCGUAUACAACCCUUUCAUAUACUUCAUCUUCCAGCGCACCUCCUGGCAGGAGCUCCUCCGCCUCCAGAGACAGAUGUUUUGUUGUUCGCAUCGGGCCAGUUCACCUGCCGAAGGAGGGAAGCUCAAAGGCGAAAUGGUAAAAGGUUCUGAUUGCACCGUUUUGGAGAAUGGGACUGAUGGAACCUGUGUGGGUCGAAUGGGAGCUCCAGGCUUACAGUCUGUGAGUCAGAUGACACCUUUGGACUAA